AAACACACGUGCGUCGUUAUCGUCCUUCUCGUGCAAGCCGGUAGUGAUCAUAUUCUAAAAUCAGUGAACUUUAUUUUCCAAAAAUCUAUUUGAAAUAUGGAAGUUGAACCUAUUGCCAGUGAUUCGGUACCGACAACCAAGCCUGAAGAAGUGAGUGCAGAACCAGACGUGGCAGUAGAAGCAGUGGCAGAGGACGAUUCACCGAAAGAACAGACUCCGGUGAAGCCCGCUAAAGAAGACGAGUAUGCCUAUCUGGAUUCGACCGGCUUUACGUCGGAAAAGUUCAAGAUUGAGGUCCGGAAUCUGCCUAAAUAUUAUGGAAUUGCCGAACUUAAAAAACUUUUGAACUCGGAACUAUCGCUGUCUACAAACAAGAUCAAAAUAAUGCGACCGGGAUGUCCAUUCUUAUUCGUUUGUUUCCGGGAUGAAGAUAGUCGCCAGGCAGCCAUAAAAACCCUGAACGGAUACAUCUGGAAGAACAAGAAACUUCAGGCCUUUGAAGCGAAACCAGCGCCGGAUCCUUUGGUCAAACGACGGAACGAAGCCGCGGGAACGGAUGGAGUCGUCACCGUGAAGAAACGCAAGACUUUGGAAGAAUCCGUUACGGCCUUGGCCUACCUGAGCUAUGAAGAUCAACUGGUUCAGAAGCAAUCGGAAAUGCGGAAUGUGCUGAUUAAGCUCGGCAAGGAAAUCUGGAAAACGUGUCCCGCUCUGAGGCCUUACGUCGAGGAGCAAAGAAAGCUGCACGAUGGAUUACCGUGUAAGCUGGAAAGGAUUCGGAAAUCACCGCAGACCGAUGGCUAUCGCAAUAAGUGCGAAUUUUCUAUCGGAAAGGAUGAUCAGGGAGAGAUUCGCGUAGGGUUCAGAGUUGGGAGCUACUCGAACGGGUUUUUGGAUGUGGAAUCGCCCCAGAACUUGAAGAACGUUUCCGACAAGAUGAAGGAUACGGUGAAGUUCUAUGAAGAGUUUGUUCGUAACUCCAAGUUGGAUAUCUAUAGUCCGGAAACGUAUCAGGGACAUUUCAGACAACUGACCGUUCGGACUUCUAGCAGUACGGGAGACGUUAUGGUAGUCAUUGGAAUUCAUCCUCAAUCGCUGACUGAGGAAGAACUUGCUCAAUUCAAGGACUCCAUUGUGGAACAUUUCACCUCGGACAAAGGUAAAGAAAUCGGAAUCAGUUCCAUCUAUCUGGAAAAGAUAGGAAAACGGGAAUCUGGACAGACAGUUAACCCAGUUGAACAUCUUCACGGCGAGACCCAUAUUGUGGACGUUAUCCACGGUUUAAAGUUCCGCAUCAGUCCUCUUGCAUUCUUCCAAAUCAAUACUCCCAGUGCCGAGGUGCUUUAUCAGUGUGCAAUUGAUUUGGCCGAUGCUACCCAGCAAACGAGCGUCUUGGACAUCUGUUGUGGAACGGGAACGAUUGGUCUGUGCUUUGCCAAACAUUGUAAGCAGGUGCUGGGCGUUGAACUCAUUCCACAGGCCAUUGAAGACGCGAAGUACAAUGCCGAAUUGAAUAAGAUCGACAACUGCAAGUUGUACGCUGGAAACGCCGAUGACUUGAUAACGUCGCUGAUUCGAAAUGCCAACAUCCAGGCAGGGGAGAAUUUGGUCGCGAUUGUGGAUCCUCCGCGGGCAGGAUUGCACGUGCGAUCGAUCACUCAGUUGCGCAAUGCUCGGGGCUUGAACCGGUUGAUUUACGUGUCCUGUUCGCCGAACAGUGCCGUUAAGAAUUGGGUUGACUUGAUGCGUCCCUGCUCAAAAGCGAUGCGAGGAACUCCAUUCGUCUUGAAGAAGGCUAUUCCCGUGGAUUUGUUUCCGCAUACACCCCAUGUGGAACUUGUAUUGCUGUUCGAGCGGGAACCAGACAAGGAAGCGGAAACCGAAGCCGAGGCGGUUGAGAGUGAGGCGAAGCAGGAGGCCGAGACUAAACCCGUGACUGAGGAAGUAAAGGACACAGCUGAAGUUCAAGAAUAAUUUGUAUAGUAUAUUCUCUUUGGUAUGUAUUAUCGUAUGGAAAAAAGUGAUUUAUUGAAAUUCCUAA